AUGUCUUGCCGCCCUGUUCAGCCUCGACCUGACCCCUGCAUCCAGCGGGCCUUGCUGGCUGCCCCUUUGCUGAGGGGCGCCGACCGCAGCACCGUCUGCCGUGGUUGGCAAGAAACUGACCUGGCAGGUUCCGGGUCCAGCGCCAGCCACACAGGGCGCUUCCAGUUUACCUGCCCCUUUGAGGAGGCGCCUGCAAUUCCGUCCCCUAACGUGUGCUGCGUGGCACAGUGUGUCCGUGUCGUGGACGCAGGGGUCAGCGCUGUGGUGGACGGAGGGACGUCUGCCACAGUGUGUUGUGGACACAGGGCUCAGUGCUGGGGUGGACGGAGGGACAUCCGCCCCGGUGUGUCCGUGUCGUGGACGCAGGGCUCAGCGCUGUGGUGGACGGAGGGACGUCCGCCACGGUGUGUCCGUGUCGUGGACGCAGGGCUCAGCGCUGGGGUGGACGGAGGGUCGUCCGCCACGGUGUGUCCGUGUCGUGGACGCAGGGCUCAGCGCUGGGGUGGACGGAGGGACGUCCGCCACGGUGUGUCCGUGUCGUGGACGCAGGGCUCAGCGCUGGGGUGGACGGAGGGACGUCCGCCACGGUGUGUCCGUGUCGUGGACGCAGGGCUCAGCGCUGGGGUGGACGGAGGGACGUCCGCCACGGUGUGUCCGUGUCGUGGACGCAGGGCUCAGCGCUGGGGUGGACGGAGGGACGUCCGCCACGGUGUGUCCGUGUCGUGGACGCAGGGCUCAGCGCUGGGGUGGACGGAGGGACGUCCGCCACGGUGUGUCCGUGUCGUGGACGCAGGGCUCAGCGCUGGGGUGGACGGAGGGACGUCCGCCACGGUGUGUCCGUGUCGUGGACGCAGGGGUCAGCGCUCUGGUGGACGGAGGGACGUCCGCCACGGUGUGUCCGUGUCGUGGACGCAGGGGUCAGCGCUCUGGUGGACGGAGGGACGUCCGCCACGGUGUGUCCGUGUCGUGGACGCAGGGGUCAGCGCUGGGGUGGACGGAGGGACGUCCGCCACGGUGUGUCCGUGUCGUGGACGCAGGGGUCAGCGCUGUGGUGGACGGAGGGACGUCCGCCACGGUGUGUCCGUGUCGUGGACGCAGGGGUCAGCGCUGUGGUGGACGGAGGGACGUCCGCCACUGUGUGUCCGUGUCGUGGACGCAGGGGUCAGCGCUGUGGUGGACGGAGGGACGUCCGCCACGGUGUGUCCGUGUUGUGGACGCAGGGGUCAGCGCUGUGGUGGACGGAGGGACGUCUGCCCUGUGCUUCCCACCUCGCUGUGCGCAGGCCAGCGGGUGAGCAGCAGAGUCAAGGGGCCAGGCCUCUUCCUUUCUAUCCUCAGCCACAUUAACCUGGCAUUUUCCUGCAGCAGCUUCGCAGUUGGGCCGAGGGGCUGGGACUAGGCAGUUUCGUUUCGGUGGGGUAAGGGAAGGGUGCCUGGUACUGCCCAGACUGGCAGGAGGGAUUGCCUCAUUAACUCCUCGUUAACUUUGCCCUGAGUGACGCUGUGGGUGCGACAAACACGGGUGGCCCUCCUGCUUCCACUGACCUGAAGGUUCAUUAAAGGCUGGAGGCGGGGGCGUGACUCAUCCAGGGCUGGGAUUAAACAAUCUGUUCAGAUGGAAAGGUCUCAUGAUCAGAACUGAGCCUUUAAAUAGCGCAGGGCCUCUGGUUUCUGGGGGAGAGGAGGCAGGGACACUCACGGAGGAUCCUUUGGGUACCAGCGGGGGUCCCCGUGGUUGGGCUGUUCUUGUCCCCAGAGGAGAGUUCAGGGGCCAAAGCCUCAUUCCAGCCCCUGACUUGGCAGUCAGCUUUUUGUGCGAGUGUUUAGCUGGGGACACGUGGCAUCUGGGUUUGUGGGUUCAGCCAGGGCUCUCGGUAUUGAACUUUGCGUUUCUACUUUUCUUUCCUUUUCCCUGUUUUUUUUUUUUUUUUUUUUUUUGCCUCAAAUCACACUCAAGUAGACCAGGCCCGGUGCCUUCCUCUCCCUCCCAUCCUUCCCUCUUCUAGAUUCUUGGUUGAGCUUUGGAUGGGAAGGGGCUGAAUUCUAGAUUCUCGCUUGAGCUUUGGAAGGGAAGGGGCUGAAGGAGGAACCCCCCCACCCCACCCCCGCAGCAUCCCCUUGUGGGAGCCAUGAGGAGGCUAAGAGGGCCUGAAGGGAGGCCAGUCCAGAAGCAUUUGUCUUUCGGGGAAGUUGAGGCCCUUAUAGAGCAACCAAGUCCAAGACGCUCCUGACCCAGACCAGGCCAGAUGCUGGCCGGCGGUGGGGACUCAGGCUGAGCCGGCAGGGUCUAAGGAGAUUGAGUGCAGCUUCAGGUGACCUCGUCUCUGCCCUGAAGCACAGCCACGUGGGUCUGGGAAUCUCCUACUUCCAAAGAGCUCCUCCUAAGCUGGACACCGGCACUGCUGACCCCCACGGCGAGUCCCGUGUUCUGUGAUGGGAGCUGCUGCCUUUGCUUCAGAGAGGAUCAGAGGUGUUACCCGAGGAAGGGCGGGGUGGAGAGCCCCUCUUGGGCCAUUCGGGGAAGCUUCAGGCUCACGAUGGUCUUAGAAGAAGGUCCCUUUCUUGGAUCACCUGAUGUCAGGAGUCCAAGACCAGCCUGGCCAACAUGGAGAAGCCCCGUCUCAACUAAAAAUGCAAAAAUUAGCCAAGUGUGGUGGCUCACGCCUGUCAUCCCAGCACUUUGGGAGGCAGAGGCGGGUGGAUCACCUGAGGUCAGGCGUUCGAGACCAGCCUGGCCAACAUGGUGAAACCCUGUGUCUACUGAAAUACAAAAAAAAAAAAAAAAAUAGCCGGGCAUGGUGGCGGGCACCUGUAAUCCCAGCUGCUAGGGAGGCUGAGGCAGGAGCAUCGCUUGAACCUGGGAGGUGGAGGUUGCAGUGAGCCAAGAUCAUGCCACUUUACUCCAGCCUGGGCAACAGAGCGAGACUCAGUCUCGGGGUGGGGGGAAAAAAGGGUCCCUUUCUUUGUCAGCUUGAUCGCCACUGCAGGACAACCCCACCCCUCACAGAGCCUGUCGUUUAUUCCUUCCUGAUGGCACCAGGUGUGCAGACCACGUGCACACCCCAGAGGUUCACUCUACCACUCACUUGGCCAUCGAGGGUACACAGGUGCUGGGUACAAGAUACAGAUAUGUCUUGGGCUCGUCUACUUUAUUUUAUAAUCCAGUCUGGGCGUCAGGAAAGAUGUCGCAGCCUUCUGCAAUAGGAGUCUGGCCUGGCCCGGCUGCCCACCGCCCUUCCUUGUUUCCCGGUGGGAAGAAAGCUUCAUCGUGUGUCUUCUCUGUUCACACACACCCCCAUAGUGACCCCUCAGCCACAGACGGGACUACAGUGGUGCCUCCCCCGAGAGCUGGAGGCCCCUACACCAGCCCACUUCUUCCUGGGCCUAUGUGUGGCUCCUGACUGCGGCCAGGCUGGCUGACAGGUUGGCAGUGGGGUCGGGCGACCCUCCCUCUUUUCCACAGCACUUACCCACCUGCCGAGUGGGCAGACCUCACUGCUGGGGCCUCAUGAGUACUCUCUGAUCUCUCUGCCAGGCCAGCUCCCAAGAGGCUUGCUUGAGUCCGCAGAGCGGGAACCCUGGACUCUGAGAAUCUGAUGAAGGUUCUGGAGGGCACUCAGACACAGAGCCACCCCAUGCACACACUGUGUGCGACUUCAGAGGGGGCUGUAGACAUCAAGGCGGGAACCCUGCUCUGAGUGAACUUGGCAAGGUGCCGCUUCUUGGUACCUAGGGAAGGUAGAAGGGCGCUGGUCCUCCCCAGCCUCCCUGUAGGCCACAGACGGCUUGGCCAGCCAGCGGUGCUGGGCGCGGUGCCCCAGCUUUUGGAUGGCUCUGGACCAGGGAGAGGAGAACCUGCCAAUCAAGGGGGUUCCUCAAAGGCCAAAGCUGCCUGAGCCCAGUGUUGCUGUAGUACCCAGAGGCAGUGAGGCCCCAGGCAUUUUGGAAGGAGCCCCCAAGCCUGCAGUUGUGAGUCUGGGGGAGCUGCCCCAGGCAUUUUGGAAGGAGCCCCCAAGCCUGCAGGUGUGAGUCUGGGGGAGCUGCCCCAGGCAUUUUGGAAGGAGCCCCCAAGCCUGCAGGUGUGAGUCUGGGGGAGCUGCCUCAGGCAUUUUGGAAGGAGCCCCCAAGCCUGCAGGUGUGAGUCUGGGGGAGCUGCCCCAGGCAUUUUGGAAGCACCCCCAAGCCUGCAGGUGUGAGUCUGGGGGAGCUGCCCCAGGCAUUUUGGAAGCGCCCCCAAGCCUGCAGGUGUGAGUCUGGGGGAGCUGCCCCAGGCAUUUUGGAAGGAGCCCCCAAGCCUGCAGGUGUGAGUCUGGGGGAGCUGCCCCAGGCAUUUUGGAAGCACCCCCAAGCCUGCAGGUGUGAGUCUGGGGGAGCUGCCCCAGGCAUUUUGGAAGCGCCCCCAAGCCUGCAGGUGUGAGUCUGGGGGAGCUGCCCCAGGCAUUUUGGAAGGAGCCCCCAAGCCUGCAGGUGUGAGUCUGGGGGAGCUGCCCCAGGCAUUUUGGAAGGAGCCCCCAAGCCUGCAGGUGUGAGUCUGGGGGAGCUGCCCCAGGCAUUUUGGAAGCACCCCCAAGCCUGCAGGUGUGAGUCUGGGGGAGCUGCCAGGUGUUGGCCACAGGGCGCUGGUGCUGGAGAGGCCUGGCCCUCUGCUGAGUGGCCCCGCUCACUGCCCAGAUGGUUGGGAACUGGUCAGCAGGUGCUGUUCUUUGGCCUCCUUUCCCCUGUGAACUCAUGCUGGGGCAGGAAGAUGUUUGUGUCCUGACGGCCCCCCAGCACCUUCGAGGAACAGACAGUCCCCUGCGCCUGUGACCUGCCUGCCCCACCCUGGGGAGAAACGCAGCGUCAGUCCUGGGUCCAGUGAGCCGUAGACCCUUGGCCCUCCAGGAUGGGCCCUGGAGAGGCGGGAGGGGCCCGUGGAGCAGGUCCUGGGCUUCUGUAGAGAGGCCAGGAGGCCCCAGGUUCCCCACAGAGACUUCCCCAGUCCCGCUUCAAGACAGCGGAACCAGCUCCUGAGCCGAAAUCUGGAGGGGUCUCCUUCCUGGACCGUGACCCCAGCCGGGGCUGGUACCGAUGACCAGCACAGCCAGAGUCGUGACAUCCACAGCGCCCUUCCCAUCCGAUGCCUGGAUGCCGUGGCUGUGCUCGGGGAGGCCUCCAGGGUCCCCAGCCCUCAGUCUCAUGUGGCACAAGGUGCCAGAGAAGACAGGGCGCCAGGCUGGUGGGAGUCAAGGUUUCCCAUUUUUCUCGUCUCAGUCUGCUACUUAACUGCUGUGUGCCCGCGAGUACAUCCCUUUGCCUCUCUGGUUCUCUGGUAUCAGCUCAAUGAAGGAGCUGAACAGGAUGAUCUCCUGGAAUCCAGUUCAUGUGAUGAUCUUGGCCAUGUCUCAAGAUUCCUAGUCCUAAACCUUAAACCCUGAGCACCCUGGGAGAGUCUGUCACAGGGCUGCACCUGGGCCAACGCCAGCCAUUCAGUGGACACGGGAGCAGGGGGUUUAGUGGGAACACAGGGCUUCCUGACCCCUGUCCUGAAGCAGCCCCGGCGGGGAGCCAUUGUCACCUCCUUCCCCCAUGCCCCAGUUGGCUCCUCUGGCCUGUGAGUAUUGCCGGAGCACCUUCCACGUGCCAGGCCUGCAGGAACUAGGGACACAGAGGCGCCCGAGACAGACGAGACCCUGUCUGCAGGAGGAGUCCGUCAACAAAUGAGAUCCUUGCGGGUCAGAUGAGUGCUGUGAAAAAAAUAAACACAACUGGGUAACGCAGUAGAGAGUGACGGGGGGAUGCCUGGCUUGAGAGGAUCACUUUUGAACGAAGAUUUAAAUGACAAGAAGAAUUCAGCCAUAAAAAACCUGGGGGCAGUGCAUUCCAGGCCAAAGAACCGGCAAGGUCCACACCCCGAGGCAGGUGUGUUCAGAGGCAGAGGGGGACAGUGUGGCGCGUUACGUGGGGUCAGGGGACGGCGGCCAGGCGACGUGGGGCCCUGCGGUUCAGGACGGGGAGCUCGGCCUUUAAUCCGAAUGCGGUGGGAAGCCGCGGGGUGUUCAGGCACAGUUCUGUGACGAUAUGUUUUGAACACGUACCGUACGAGGCAUCAGUCUUAGCCUGUGACGCAACUGAGGUGACACUUACAAGGUGCUGUUAUUCACACUGUUUAUUUAUUUAUUUGUUUGGGUUCUUUUGUUUUUGUUUGUUGCUGUUGUUUUGAGUCAGAGUCUUGCUCUGUCGCCCAGGCUGGAGUGCAGUGGUGCGAUCUUGGCUCACUGCAACCUCCGCCUCCCGGGUUCAAGCGAUUCUCCUGCCUCAGCCUCCUGAGUAGCUGGGAUUACAGGUGCCCACCACCACGCCCGGCCAAGUUUUGUAUUUUUAGUAGAGACGAGGUUUCACCUUGUUGGCCAGGCUGGUCUUGAACUCCUGACCUCAGGUGAUCCACCCGCCUCGGCUUCCCAAAGUGCUGAGAUUACAGGCGUGAGUCACUGCGCCAGGCCUAAAUGUGUUUUGAAUUUUGUUUUACAUUUUUUAAUUUUUUUUUUUUUUUUUUUGUGGGAGUCUCACUCUCUCGCCCAGGCUGGAGUGCCAUGGCACCAUCUCGGCUCACUGCAGCCUCCAUCUCCCAGGCUGAAGCAAUCCUCCCACCUCAGCCUCCCAAGUAGCUGGGUCUACAGGCAUGUACCAACAUGCCUGGCUAAUUUUUGUAUUUUUUGUAAAGACGAGGUUUCGUUAUGUUGCGCAGGCUGAUGUUGAACUUCUGGCUUCAAUGGAUCCACCUGCCUCCGCCUCCCACAGUGCUGGAUUACAGGCGGGAGCCCCCGUGCCUGGCCCAGACUGUUUUAUAUAUGAGGAAUGAGGCUCAGAGAGUGACCCAGAUGAUGUCACGUGAGUGGCUUAGCCGAGGGGCAACGUUCAGACCCCGGCCGCUCAGUCUCAGCGCAGGCUCUCACCCGCGGUGUCCUGCCUUCCGUGGCCGGUUGGGGUUGGGCUGCGUGCCCCAGAUGGGGGCGUCUGGAGACGCCGGGCUCCUGCUCGUCAGGCAUUAGUGUGGUGCCCAGCCUGGCACGCCGUGCAUAGCAACAGGCACGACAGUUCUUCUCGACGACGCCACCGAACGUGAGACUCGGAGCAAGGCGAGGCCUGGGAGGGGCCGCUCAGAGCUGACCUGGGCCCUGGAAUUGCUGGAGCCCCUCACGUCCCCGGCGGCAAGCUCCAUGCCCAGAAAGUGUUCUGGGCCCGGGCAGGGAGGGUGAAGCUGGUAUCAGAGAAGGCUGUUGAUGCUGCUUUUUUUUUUUUUUUUUUUUUGAGAUGGAGUCUCGCUCUGUCGCCCAGGCUGGAGUACAAUGGCACAAUCUCGGCUCACCGCAACCUCCGCCUCCUGGGUUCAAACGAUUCUCCUGCCUCAGCCCCCUGAGUAGCUGGGUUUACAGGCAUGUGCCACCACGCCGGGCUAAUUUUUGUAUUUUUAGUAGAGACGGGGUUUCUCCAUGUUGGCCAGGCUGGUCUCGAACUCCUGACCUCAGGUGAUCCUCCCGCCUAGGCCUCCCACAGUGCUGGGAUUACAGGUGUGAGCCACCGCGCCCAGCCCUGUUAAUGUUUCUUAACCACUCCAGGUCCAGCUCGAGGCUUCAGAGCCCAUGGAGGUCUGACAGGUCCUUGGCCUUCCCGUGGCCUCCAGCGUGAAGCUUCCUAGUCAGGACCACAGAAGGCCUCUCAUCUUGGACUUUGACCUCUGAGGGCGCCCCUUUCCUUUCAGGACAGGGCCUCUGUGUUGCUUUGGCCCUGGCCUGUUCCUUUUCUCAAGAGGGCCCCACUGCCCCUGCCCUUGCUACCCUGGCAUCCUCGACCUGCCCUGGGCUGGGGCAGGGCCAGCUUCCUGGCUGGUAUUUGUAGCCCAGUUCUGAGCUGAAGCUGAAGCCUCCAGGCUGCCUGCACAGGGAGGCAGUGGUGGGAUGGGCUGGCCCUGAGGAAGACGGAGCCCCAGGCCGCUGGGGGAGAUGUGCCUGGCUGUGGGGCCUCCAAGAGCAGCCCAGGUUUGGGUUUUGUCUGCUUCUCCUCAAGGUCAGCCAUGCCCAGCCCGGGGGCUAAAAGCAAAGUGGGUGCCAGGGCAGGCAGAGGCUCUGGAGUGGACGUGGGGCAGGCAGAGGCGCUGGAGUGGACGUGGGGCCGGCAGUGGCUCUGGAGUGGACGUGGGGCCGGCAGUGGCUCUGCAGUGGACGUGGGGCCGACAGAGGCUCUGCAGUGGACGUGGGGCAGGCAGAGGCACUGCAGUGGACGUGGGGCAGGCAGAGGCUCUGGAGUGGACGUGGGGCCGGCAGAGGCUCUGGAGUGGACGUGGGGCCGGCAGAGGCUCUGGAGUGGACGUGGGGCCGGCAGAGGCUCUGGAGUGGACGUGGGGCCGGCAGAGUCUCUGGAGUGGACGUGGGGCCGGCAGAGGCGCUGGAAUGGACGUGGGGCCGGCAGAGGCUCUGGAGUGGACGUGCGGCCGGCAGAGGCUCUGGAGUGGACGUGGGGCCGGCAGAGGCUCUGGAGUGGACGUGGGGCAGGCAGAGGUGCUAGAAUGGACGCUGGGGAAGGCAGGUUGCUGCGGGUGCUAAGAGGCUAGCCUGCCUUCGACAAAAGCGUCGUUCAGAGCUGCUAACCCCCUUCCUUCCAUGAGGCUUGGGGAACUUCGAAGUUCUCUGGUGUUGGAGGGGAGGCCAGCCGAGGCCCUGGGACACGGCAUCAGCCCGAGCCUAUCUGUGGCUGGCCUGGGUAUGGCAGGUGGGCACACCUUGGCUGCAGGCCACCUUGGCUACAAGGGAGCCUGGCUGACCCUGCAGGGUGAGGGCUGGAGAGGCGGAGCCUGCCUGGCCUAGCAGUGUGGAUGCCAAGCCAUGGGAAGAUGUGUGGAGAGUUUAUGGAGCCUGGCCCGGUGUCCCCAACCCAGCUGCUGAGCUGGAAGCCAGGGGUAGGUCCUGGCAGCCCCUCCCUCUCUGCCCUGCCUCUCUCGGAGUCGCUCGGAGCAGCCACGUUGACGGAAUCCUCCGGCGCCUCCUCGAGGGAGGAGAGGCAGGGUCUUGGCAACUCCCGUCUCCCCCGUUGCCAGCUUGCCAGCCCCGCCGUGCCUCUCACGCCUGUGGUCUGCCCCAAUGACAGGCCGGCUUCGGUGUCCCAAGGGGACCCAGCCCUGAGCGUGGGGCUGCCCUUGGGGGAGGGCAGGGGAAAGCCAGCCCAGGCUGCCACCGUGGCCGCUGGCCUGGGAGCCCCAGGAAACGUGCCCACCCUCAGACCCGAUGCCUGGCUCAGGGCCUGGGCUCCGCGGCCCCUCCAGGGCAGGCGUGAAAUGUGCCCACACAGCUCCACCUUCCACGUGGUUCCCUGUCCGGGGGCCACUUGCACUGAGGUCCUUCUGGAGUCAUUUUCUGUUGUUUUUUUUUUGUUUUUUUUGAGACAGAGUCUUGCUCUGUUGCCCAGACUGGAGUGCAGUGGCACUAUCUUGGCCCACUGCAACCCCUGCCUCCCGGGUUCAAGUGAUUUCCGGCUAAUUUUGUAUUUUUAGUAGAGAUGGGGUUUCGUCAGGUUGGCCAGGCUGGUCUCGAACUCCUGAGCUCGAGUGAUCCGCCCGCCUCUGCCUCCCAGAGUGCUGGGAUUACAGGCAUGAGCCACCGCGCCCGGCUGGGAGUCAUUUUCUAGCGUUCCUGUCCCACUUCUCAGGAACAGAUUUACCACCUUUGUUGUGCAGAAGCGUUUUUUUUUUUUUUUUUUUUUCUGCCUCCAGGCUGGAGAGCAGUGGCGCAAUCUCAACUCCGGCUCACUGCAACCUCCGCCUCCCGGGUUCAAGCGAUUCUCCUGCCUCAGCCUCCCGAGUAGCUGGGAUUACAGGCACCCGCCACCACGCCUGGCUAAUUUUUGUAUUUUUAGUAGAGACGGGGUUUCCCCACAUUGGUCAGGUUGGUCUCGAUCUCCUGACCUUGUGAUCCGCCCGCCUCGGCCUCCCAAAGUGCUGGGAUGACAGGCGUGAGCCACCGCACCUGGCCGAAGCAGCACUUUUUUUUAUGAACCUCUGCAACCCCCUCUGAGGGAAACCCUCCCGCAUUCUGGGUUGCCGGGGCUCAGAGGGUGGAGGGUAGAAGAGCGCCAGCCGUGAGAGGCAGGAUGGGGCGGCCCCCGAGGGCAGGGCUGUGCCUGGAGGCAGGGCUUCUCGGGGGGUCAGCUCCUGGGCGGUGGGAGUGACCGAGUGGGCUCCUGAGGGAAGCGGCUUUCAGGAAGGAGGCGGAGGCCUGGGAGCCCCUGGAUCACGUCCUGAGUGGUGUCCACUGAAGGCUGCUUGGGACGUCUGCUCCCCCCUCCACUGAGACCCCCAGUGGCCAGUUCUAAGUCCCACCUGCCUUGGGCAGGGCCACCACAGGCCCCUUACUGUGGAUUAAAGGGCCCUGGGUGAGGGCUUGUGGGAGGGAGGUGGUGGAAACCAUCUCCGAAGACCUUGGGGCGAGCUGCGCGCUAGAGUGGAGAGUGUGGCCCAGCAGGCAGGAGCACUGGGUUGGAAUGGGGGCUCUGCCACCUCCGAGGGAGCAGAAGUGGAGACCGGAGGGAGCGUGCCCCUGAAUCCGAGCACGGGGAGCUGGCCGGGAGCAGCCCUCCGGGCAGAGGCAGGAGAAAUGGGGUCACCUGCCCCAGGGGGUGAGAGGUGAGCCGAGAGGAAGGGCUGAGACCCUCAGGGGCAUCCCCAGGAUGUUCCUGAAACUCAGCCCUGGAGGAUGCUCAGGUGUGCGUGGAGCACCCUCUACCCUGGAGCCUCAAAUCCUCUCCCCGCUGCGGGGCCACUUUGCUGAUUCCUGCCCCAAACAUGAGGUCACUUCGGUCCAGAAAGGCGAGGCGACCUCCACCAGCCACCUACGGGAUUCUUGGCAGAGAAUCCACGCUCACCUUCGGGUCUCCACUCCUGCUCCCUCGGAGGUGACGGAGCCCCAUUUCAACCCGGUGCCCCUGCCUGCUGGGUUUUCGCCGCAGGGGACCUGGUCGUCUCCUGGACAUGAGCCCCCAGCGCCAGCGUUUCUCUUUGGGAGAGGCCUGAAUGCACAGUCAUGAUUUGACCAGGCGAAGUGCCCAGACAAAGAGAAAAUAGUCGGCCGGACGCGGGGGCUCACGCCUGGAAUGCCAGCACUUUGGGAGGCCGAGGCGGGUGGAUCACCUGAGGUCAGGAGUUGGAGACCAGCCUGGCCAACACGGUGAAACCCCGUCUCUACUAAAAAUACAAAAAUUAGCCGGACGUAGUGGCUCGUGCCUGUAGCCCCAGCUACUCGGGAGGCUGAGGCAGGAGAAUCGCUUGAACCCGAAGGUGGAGGUUGCAGUGAGCUGAGAUCGCGCCACUGCACUCCAGCCUGGGCGACAGAGUGCGACUCCGUCUCAAAAAAAAAAAAAGAAGGAAAUAGUUGAGCUGCUCUCAGUGACCAUGUAUGGCCCAGUCGUCGACCCCUGGCCCAGUCAUUCGUCCGCCUUUUGGCUCCACGAUGUUUUGCAGCCUGUUUCUGUCUCCCGCCUGUGGCCCACCUUGGGGAGGCCCCAGUGCUCCUGUGCCCCAGUGGUCUUCCCAGCCUGACCCUUCACGAGCUCCCUCUGUCUCCCUGCUUCAGGUGAUCAGACAUCCCCCAAGUACCUGCUCCCCUGGGCCCAUGGAAGGCACCUGUCUGCUGGGACCAGAGGGUGAGCAGUCAGGUGUCCCAUCCACCAACGUCCCAGGGGCCAGCCCCUCCACCCCGGUGCUAAUCUCAUCAGGAAAUAGCAGAGUCCACAUUUCCCAGGAGUUAUAAAUAGCCAGCGCAGUUUCGGGCAGCAGCGUUUCUCUGGAAAAUGUACGCUGUCCCUCUCCCUCCCUCCUCUGUGUUUAAAUGAUAUCCUGAAAUAGACUUGGUUUCUGGAGGCUGAUGGCCUCCUGGGAGACAGAGCGUCGUUGUCAGGGCACCGUGGGGCCAGGCAGGCCUCUCUGAGCGGAUACCAGGGCCACACCUGCAGCAGAUACCAGGGCCACACCUGCAGCAGAUACCAGGGCCACACCUGCAGCAGGCACCGGGAAGAUGUCAGGGCUUGAGGGGCUUACAGCUUAGGAAAGUGCCCCUGGCCCAGGCCUGGCCUCAGAAGGGGCUGGAGUGUGUGAGACAGCAGCAAGUGUCGCCUGGGAGGCUGCAGAGGGUAGAUCUUAGUGGAGCAGGGAGGCAGAGAGGACCCAAAGUUUCCCACCGUGACCUGGGGCUCUCCGAGAAGGCUCCCUGGAGGAGGCGGGGCGAGAACUGGGCCUUGGCAUCAGGAGAUGCAGUCCUGGGUCAGAUGCGCCCAGGUUGAACCUGGCAGCUGGAGCGGAGGUGAUGGGCACGAGGCAGCGGGAGGGCUGUACUGGGGGUGGCCUCCCAGCACCCAGGUCUGCCCACCGGGUCGGGACGCACACCAGGAGGCCCGAUGUUGCCUUUCUGAGGAAGCAGCAAUUACAGCAGCUGCGGGUCAUGGACUUCACACAUUCUGCAGUUUCAGCAGAGAGGGUGCUGGGGGCCUUGAUUUUGCACCCCAGCUCUGACUUCCUAGGUGUGCACUGGGUAAAUUCCUCGCUCUCGUUAAGCUGCAGCAUCCUCAUCUGUGAGAUGGGAGCGGCUAUGAGAGCUUAAACCGCAUAUGUCUGCUAUCAUGAUCAUGAACGCAGAUGCUGUGUGUAGAGGAUUCAUCAGUGUCAGACUUGCCGGAAGAGCUCGAGAUAAGUCCGUUGCUCUCACUCUUCCAUAACAGCCCUGUGAGGCAGGUGUGGAUGCCUCCAUGAGGAAAUUGAAGUUCACGGAGGUGAAAGGCCUUGCCCGAGUGCGCACGGUUGAAUGGGAGACUCAGAUCAGCCUGCCUCCAAAUCCUGCACACUCCCCCCCACCAGGUUGUGUCCAGGUCCCCCUGAGACUUGGGAAGGGACCAUUGGCUCAGCUUCCUGCAGAAGCUGCCAGGAGGCAGCUGGGGGGAAGCUGGGGCGGGGGAGGGGCUGUGGGUGAAUCGGAGCAGGGGCCAUGGAAUUGGCCUGAGGCUUAUGCUGAUGUGUGGAGAGACCUGCCUCAAGAAGGGGUGGUCUCAAAACAUCAAACUGCGCCCCAUAAAUACAUACAACUGCAAUGUGUCAAUUAAAAAAUAAGGGCCCGGGCCAGGUGCGGUGGCUCAUGCCCGUAAUCCCAGCACUUUGGGAGGCCGAGGUGGGCGAAUCACGAGGUCAGGAGAUCGAGACCAUCCUGGCUAACAUGGUGAAACCCCGUCUCUACUAAAAAUACAAAAAAUUAGCCGGGCGUGGUGGCGGGCGCCUGUAGUCCCAGCUACUCAGGAGGCUGAGGCAGGAGAAUGGCGUGAACCCGGGAGGCGGAGCUUGCAGUGAGCCAAGAUCGCGCCACAGCACUCCAGCCUGGGCGACAGAGCAAGACUCCGUCUCAAAAAUAAAUAAAUAAAUAAAAAAUAAGGGCCCACACAGUGGUACAUGCCUGUAAUGCCAGCUCUUCAGGAGGCUGAGGCAGGAGGAUCACUGAAGCCCAGGGCAACAUAGCAGCCUGGACGGCACAGUGAGACCCUGUCUCUAGAAAAAUAAAUACAGGCCGAGUGCGGUGGCUCACGCCUGUCAUCCCAGCACUUUGGGAGGCCAAGGUGGGCGGACCACCUGAGGUCUGGAGUUCAAGACCAGCCUGGGCAACAUGGUGAAACCCCAUCUCUACUAAAAAUAAAAAAAUUGGCCAGGCAUGGUGGCUCACACUUGUAAUCCCAGCACUUUGGGAGGCCGAGGUGGGUGGGUCAUUUGAGGUCAGGAGUUCGAGACCAGCCUGGCCAACAUGGUGAAACCCUGUCUCUACUAAAAAUACAAAAAUUAGCCGGGUGUGGUGGUGCGCACCUGUAGCCCCAGAUAAUCGGGAGGCUGAGGCAGAAGAAUCGGUUGAACUUGGGAGACGGGUUGCAGUGAGCCGAGAUCACGCCAUUGCACUCCAGCCUGGGCAACAAGAGCGAAACUCUGUCUCAAAAAAAAAAAAAAAAAGAGGGCAUGGCCGCUCCAGAAUGUUUCUCCCAAGGGUAGCAUCUCAGUCGACAAAGAGCAUUUGAUUCCUCCACCCUGUGUGGCUACUGCUGGGGGACAGAGGUGGGGACAGACCCAGGCCCGGCUCCGUGUCCAGACGAGAUGAAGGAACUACGAGGGACAGCCUGUGUGAUCCAGGAGGGUUUGCAAAGAACAGAAGCAGCUUAGAGGGGAGAGAGGUUUCGGGAAAGUAAGGCCAGAGCUGGGGCUUCCUUUGAGACCCUGUAGGACCCUUGCCUCCAGCCGGGCUGGUGAUGGCCUCACGCUUCCUGUGUGUGAAGAGGUGCUCGGAGCAGUGGUUCUCCCUGAGGGGCACUUGGUUCUCUGCACACACCCGACUUCUUCUGUCUCCUGUUCUGGGUUCCAUCCCUUCUCUGGGCAGGGAACAGCCAAAGACAGGGCCUGGGCCACAGCUGGCCCCAGAUGCGGGGCCCAGGGCGAACCCAGUGCAGACCCAGACCCCGUCGGAGGCUUGGGUACCACCUGCCCCCAGCCAGUGUGUGGGUGAUAGAAGAUGUGGGAAGGACCUACAUCGAGCUGCAGGAAGCCCAGGGCUGACCCAGAUCCAGUUUCCCUUCCGUGAUGACAGUGGCCUGUUAUAGCAACUGCGUUCAAACCGUGGCACGCACACCUCAGAGUGCACAGAGACGUUCUGAGGGUGACGUGGGCAGGAGGGUUUUCAGGAAAUCAGUUUGCAGAUUCUCAGCUGCCAUAGGUGCUAUUGCCAGAAAGCCAUCUGCCUGAGAGCCAGCAUCUCGCCAUCCUGUCCUCUGCAGAGGAGAGGCCUGAGGCUGGCUGUGGGGGCUUGGCCCGGGGUGCGCAGACCUCCUGGGUGGGGAACAGAGGGGCUUUUAGAAAUGUUGGGGUAGCCCCGUCCGGGAGGGAGGUGGGGGGGUCAGCCCCCCGCCCGGCCAGCCGCCCCGUCCGGGAGGUGAGGAGCCCCUCUGCCCGGCCACCACCCCGUCUGGGAGGUGUACCCAACAGCUCAUUGAGAACGGGCCAUGAUGACAAUGGCGGUUUUGUGGAAUAGAAAGGGGGGAAAGGUGGGGAAAAGAUUGAGAAAUCGGAUGGUUGCCGUGUCUGUGUAGAAAGAGGUAGACAUGGGAGACUUUUCACUUUGUUCUGUACUAAGAAAAAUUCUUCUGCCUUGGGAUCCUGUUGAUCUGUGACCUUACCCCCAACCCUGUGCUCUCUGAAACAUGUGCUGUGUCCACUCAGGGUUAAAUGGAUUAAGGGCGGUGCAAGAUGUGCUUUGUUAAACAGAUGCUUGAAGGCAGCAUGUUCGUUAAGAGUCAUCACCACUCCUUAAUCUCAAGUACCCAGGGACACAAACACUGCGGAAGGCCGCAGGGUCCUCUGCCUAGGAAAACCAGAGACCUCUGUUCACUUGUUUGUCUGCUGACAUUCCCUCCACUAUUGUCCUAUGACCCUGCCAAAUCCCCCUCUACGACUUCCCUCCACUAUUGUCCUGUGACCCUGCCAAAUCCCCCUCUGCGAGAAACACCCAAGAAUGAUCAAUAAAAAAAAAAAAAGAAAUGUUGGGGUAGGGGCCAGGCAUGGUGGGUCACACCUGUAAUCCCAGCACUCUGGGAGGCCGAGGCGGGUGGAUCGCCUGAGGUCAGGAGCUCAAGACCAGCCUGGCCAACGUGGUGAAACCCCAUCUCUACUACAAAUAAAAAAUUAGCUGGGCGUGGUGGCGGGCACCUGUAAUCCCAGCUACUCGGGAGGCUGAGGCAGGAGAAUCGCUUGAACCCGGGAGGUGGAGCUUGCAGUGAGCCGAGACUGCACCACUGCACUCCAGCCUGGACGACAGAGCGAGACUCCGUCUCAAAAAAAAAAAAAAGAAAAAAAGAAACGUUGGGGUCGGUGUUCAGAAAGUAAAAGACUCUAGUGGCCACUUAGAACCUUUCAAAAGUCAGGUGGUAUCCAGUUCUUUGCCUUCCACAAAACUGAUGGAGGACUCAAUUUUCACCUGAGAGAUCAUUUCAAGUAAUUUUCAGUAAUAGGUAUAUAUGCGAUUUAAGGCGGAUAGCAUGGAGAGAGGUUAAAGAAUGGUGUAACGCGGCUGUGAUAAAACUCUUUUCGACCUCAUCUACUUCUUUAUGUGAACAAAAUGUUUCAUUGUUCACAUCUUUCUUGUUCAUUUUAGAGACAUGGUCCUACAUUGCCCAGGCUGGUCUCGAACUCCUGGGCUCAAGUGAUCCUGUGGCUGGGAGCCACGGCACCUGCACAUCUUUACAACAAAACCAGAAACAUGAACCGAAUUGAUGCUGAGCCUCGUUUCACUCUAGCAAAAAAUAAUACCCUAUAGAUACGCGAACUAAAGCAAAAAAUGUUCCGCCCAUCUCAUUGAGAGAGCAUUCCACCAAAAAGUUACUCUGCUACUUAAUAUUUAUUAAAAUGUAUAAUGAGGCCGGGCGCGGUGGCUCACGCCUGUAAUCCCAGCACUUUGGGAGACCGAGGCGGGUGGAUCACCUGAGGUCGGGAGUUCGAGAUCAGCCUGACCAACAUGGAGAAACCCCGUCUCUACUAAAAAUACAAAAAAGUAGCCGGGUGUGGUUGUGUGUGUCUGUAAUUCCAGCUACUUGGGAGGCUGAGGCAGGAGAAUCGCUUGAACCCAGGAGGUGGAGGUUGCUGUGAGCCAAGAUCGCACCACUGCACUCCGGCCUGGGCAAUUAGAGUGAAACUGUGUCUCAAAAAAAAAAAAAUAA